AUGAAAAGCCUCACGUCUACCCAGCAGAUAGGGAAGGAUGACACCAAUGCCUGGCACUACGAUAAAAAAACCGCACUCAUGGACCUUACCCGAGGAUCAACAACCAGUACCAACAUAACCCUUAAAACAACCACGUAUCCAAUCCGUGUGAGCACGGAAAAGACAGCUCUCCUCAUUAUCGACAUGCAGAACUUCUUUCUACACCCGGCUCUGCGUCGCCAAGCUGGAAGCCAAGAGCCUACGCUCGGCGAGAUAGCUGCUUCGACUCUUCUGGAAACAGGCAUCCCUGCUGCCCGGCUCCACGGGAUUCGAGUCAUAUGGCUGAAUUGGGGACUUACAGAGCAAGAUCUGAAUACCAUGCCCCCGGGGGUUCUGCGGACUUUUGGAAGCUUCCCUAUGCCAUCACCUGAGUCGAAUGUUUCUUUAUCAUCCAAGCCAGGUAUGGUUCGCGUGAAGAACCCGGCUCUUUAUAAAGGCCUCGGAGUUGAGCUUGGAGCUGUCGAUAUUGGACACGGGAAGAAUGUUCAAGGUGGAAAGAUUCUUAUGCGGGACUUCUGGAAUACUGGGAUAUAUGGACCUCUGGAAGAAGAAUUUCGGAGACAUUGCCAUAUCUCUGAUUCUGAGUCUGACGACAAGAAGAAAGAUGUGCUAAUAUACAAGAAUCGCAUGUCCGGGUUAUCUGGGAGAGAGUCUGACCUGGAGAAUCUCUUACGCCGUGAGGGAAUUACUCUACUUCUCCUUGCUGGGGUAAACACCGAUCAAUGUGUUGGGAGUACAUUGAUGGAUGCCUAUAAUAAAGGAUUUGACUGUGUGCUCUUGUGUGAUGGUACAGCGACAGGCUCACCGUUUGGUGCGAGAGAAGCAUGGGAAUGGAAUGUCACAAAUUGUUUUGGGUUUGUAUCAACUUGUGAAGCACUGAAAGAGUCGAGUGCUCAAUUUUAA